AUGUUCCGUUCCCGAGAGCUAUCAUAUGCCUUGGCACGAACCCUCGAUAAGGAGGCAGACCAUGCGAAGAGGAAUGUUCUAUUAGUUACUGAAGAUGGUAUGGUAGUAGCAGCAGCUAGGGCCUCUUCAGAUGAGUCAUCCAAGACUAUUGGGGCUGUUGCUGCUAACAUAUACAUGGAAUACAAAUGUACGGAGAAUGCCUUUGGAUCUGCUCUGACGUCAUUGCUAAUGCAAUGCGAAUACAGUCCUGGCCAGAAGACAGCUGUUAGAGUGACACCUUUUGCCCAGUCCGAGUGUGAGGAUGAUGGGAUGCUAGUCCUUCUGGCUGUAGUUGGACGAGAUGAGAGGGAGUAUACCAGAGUGGACUUCCUUACCGAGACUCUCCCAUUACAGCCUCUGAGGACUUCCCUUACCGAGGACUCGUUCUGCUGGAGGGUACCUUAG